AGCAUGUACCUCCUCAUCGCUCUCCUCGUGGUCGGCCACUGCUUGGCCGACUACUUCCACCCUAACUCCAGCGGCCUGCGCCUGCAACACGGCUUCGAGACCCUCCUCAUCCAGCCCUACGGCUACGAUGGCUUCCGCGUGCGCGCCUGGCCCUUUCGCCCCCCCACCGGCCAAGAGAUCAGCUUCAUCUACGACCCACCCCUGGAGGGCUUCGAGAACGGCACCGCCCACGGCAUGAGCUACGACCAGACCUCUACCGGCGAAACGCCCCGAACCCUCCGCAACGGCAACCUCCUCCUGCGCACGACCGGCUGGGGCGGCAAUGAGGGGGGCUACCGCCUGUCGUUCUCGCGUCUCAACGCCGACGGCAGCGAGACCCUCCUCACCAACGAGUACGCCCCGCUCAAAUCCCUCAACCCGCGGACCUACACGUGGCCGGGCCCCGGGGCGGAGUUCCGCGCGGAAUUCAGCUUCAGCGCCACGCCGGACGAGCAGAUCUACGGCACGGGCACGCAGCAAGACCACCGCAUCAACAAGAAGGGCUCGGUCAUCGACCUGGUCAACUUCAACACCUUCAUCCCCACCCCGGUGUUCAUGAGCAACAAGGGCUACGCGUUCGUGUGGAACAUGCCCGCCGAGGGCCGCAUGGAGUUCGGGGCGCUGCGCACCAAGUUCGUGGCCGAGUCGACCACCCUCGUCGACUACGUGAUCGUCGCUGCCGACGACGCUUCUGCCAACUCCCACUCUUCCGUGUCCAAAUACGACACCCUCCAGCGCCGCCUGUCCGCGCUGACCGGCCGCGCCCCGACGCCUCCCGCCUUCAGUCUGGGGUACAUCCAAUCGAAGCUGCGCUACGAGAACCAGAGCGAGGUCGAGCAGCUGGCGCGCCGCUUCGCGGCGCACGACAUCCCCGUCUCACUGAUCGUGAUCGACUACCAGUCGUGGGCGCACCAGGGCGACUGGGCGCUGGACCCGCGGCUGUGGCCGAACGUCAGUCACAUGGCCGCGGUGGUGCGCAACACCACCGGGGCCGAGCUGAUGGCCAGCCUGUGGCCCAGCGUGGCGGACAACUCGCUCAACUACGCCAGCCUCCAAGCGCAGGGGUUCCUGUCAGCGACGCGCUCCGGCCCCGGCACGACGGACAGCUGGAACGGCAGCUAUAUCCGCAACUACGACGCGACGAACCCGCUCGCGCGCCACUUCUUGUGGUCGACGCUGCACCGCAACUACUACACUCACGGCAUCAAGAACUUCUGGAUCGACCAAGCCGACGGCGGCGCCCUCGGCGAAGCCUACGAGAACAACGGCCAAAGCACGUACAUCCAAUCUAUCCCGUACGCGCUGCCGGACGUGCUCUACGCCGCGGGGACCCAGUGCAGCGUCGGGAAGCUGUACCCGUGGGCGCAUCAGCAGGCCAUCGACGAGGGCUACCGCAACGUGAGCGCCACGGCGCCCGGCGACCCCUGCCCGCAGAUCUCCCUCAGCCGGAGCGGGUACAUCGGCUCGCAGCGGUUCUGCAGCAUCAUCUGGUCCGGCGACACGACCUCGGUCUGGGACACGCUGGCGGCGCAGAUUGCGUCCGGCUUGUCGGCCGCCGCCACCGGCUGGGGCUGGUGGACCGUCGACGCCGGCGGGUUCCAGGCGGACCCGACGGUGGCUUGGAGCGGGGACAUCGACACCCCCGAGUUUCGGGAGCUGUACGUGCGGUGGUUCGCGUGGGCGGCGUUCCUGCCGUUCAUGCGCACCCAUGGCAGUCGCGCGUGCAGCGUGCAGAGCGCGUACACCUGCGCGAAUGAGCCGUGGUCGUACGGCGACGAGAAUACCCCGAUCAUCACGGGGUACAUCCGGCUGCGGUAUCAGCUGGCGCGCUACUUGACGAACGUGUUUGCGCGGUUUAGUACCGAGGGGCGGAGUAUCAUGCGCCCGUUGUAUAUGGAUUUUGAGAACACGGAUCAGAAUGUGAGUGGCUUGGUGGCGGCCAACGCGAAUUUCACGACCCAGGCGUAUAUGUUCGGGCCACGGCUGCUGGUGAGUCCGGUCACCAGGCCGAAUGUCUCGGAGUGGGAGGUGUAUUUGCCUAGCACGGGGGAAAGGGGGAACUGGACGUAUUGGUGGUCGAAUGAGACGUUUGGGGGAGGGGAGGUGGUCACCGUGAAGGCGCCGCGGGAGCAUAUUCCUUUGUUCUUUUUGGGGAGCAGGGAGGAACUCCUGAGUGGGGAGGUGUUUUGAAGGGCUCGGGUGGUGGAGGGAUGUAGAUGUUCGAGGAGCUGACCGGAUUCAACCUUUGAAGUAUCUUGCUGGGACUAGGAUAGAGAACUCGGAUAGAGAACCAAUGGCAGAAGAACGAGCCUGCCCAUCCAAUCAUCCAAUCAACCGCAGACCC